GUGUCCGUGCAGUGCCUGAGAGAAAAUAAAAGCGAUAGCAUGGUAGACUGAUUUUUGGUAGGCUGAGAUUAGUGUUUUGAAGAGAACUGGAUGUUAUUGUUUGUUUCUUUUGUUUUCCAUUAUCAUAAGUAAUUAGUCAUUGGAUUAUCCCAACUUUUAUUAUACUUGUAGAGUUUGUUACGCUUUUUUAAACUUGUGUUAUUGUUAGCAACUUAGCUAACACGCUAUAGCUAGCUGUAGUUUUACUUUAUUGUCAGUUUGUCGUGUUGCCCAAAUUGGGAUUCUGCUUAGCUACAUCACUGAAUUAGACAUUAGGUUAAUUAUCUUUUAUCCUCUGAACAUCAUCAUGCCUAAAGGAGGAAAGAAGGGUGGACAUAAGGGUCGGAUGAGAACGUACACAAGUCCCGAAGAGAUAGAUGCUCAGAUGAAAGCUGAAAAAGAACGAAAAAAGAAUGAAGAGGCGGAAGAAGGAGGAGCAGUGAAUGAUAUGAAGGAUGACAAAUUGGCAGGAUCCGGUUCAGAGGACAGUGAUGAUGAAAGCUCUCACAAAAGAAAAGGUGUGGAGGGAUUAAUAGACAUUGAAAACCCUAAUCGUGCUGCUCAGAAAACCAAGAAAGUAACAGAACUAGAACUUGAGGAACCCAAACAGCUUUCUAGAAGAGAGAGAGAGGAGAUCGAAAAACAGAAGGCCAAAGAAAGAUACAUGAAGAUGCAUUUAGCAGGAAAGACAGAUCAAGCCAAAGCAGACUUAGCCCGGCUUGCGAUAAUUCGAAAGCAACGUGAAGAGGCUGCAAAGAAAAAAGAAGAGGAAAGGAAAGCGAAAGAAGCAGCACAAGCAGCACAGGCAGCAGCAAAAGGACUUCAUACACUGUCCCUGAAAUGAUAGUAACAAUAAAAUCAGAAAAGUUUUAAAGAACUGCAGUAUACAAAUAUAUGUAUAUUGAUAUAUAUUUUCGGGGACACGUUUUAUUGUGAUUGUGUUAUGCUUUGUAAGACAUUACAGUGCAACAUUUCAUUGAAAAGGGAUAUUUAUGCAUUCUCAACGCUAACCUUGAAAGGCAGAAAUUGAUGCUUGGGAGUAGGUCAGGGAGUUUUCUGCGAUGUAGUUAAAUGACAAUGCAUAGAUAGUUAGUUAUUUAAUGAUACUAAAUAAAUAAAUAAUUUUAUUAAUAUAUUGUGUUGGAACUGCCAUGUCAGAUUGAAUGAACUGUAAGAUGUCAUAAAAAAAGAUAAUUACUUUAUGAAUA